AUAGAAACCCCAUCGCUUCCUUGGAGGUUCUGCAACAACGGAGUUGGAGAGAACAAACUUUCUUUCUUAGACUUUUGUUAUAGGUUUUCUAGGGUUUUUGCCGACAGAGAGGGGCAAAGAAAGGAACUGUGAAGGAGGAUUUCCAUGGGGAAGAAGAGGAAGUCUGAUGCUACGCGCCUGGACGAGGUCGAUCGGACCAUGUACACCACUUUCUGCAGCGCCGCGAAUUCGCUGUCGCAGCUUUAUACGCAGGCUAUGAAUCAUCAGAAAGUCGUAUUCCAAGCCGGAGAACGACAUGGGCUGGAGAAACUUUACCAAUGGAUCUUGAGACAACAAGAGGAAGGGUCUAGAGUGAUGACUACCGAUAUACUAGCUUACCUGCAGAAUGAAAUUGAUUAUGGGGGAGAGGAGCCUCCAAUGUCCCCGAGGUUGCCAUUCCAAAAUCAACAAACUCAACCCACGAUGCACUUCAUGAACCCACCAAUGGCCCAAGUCUCUUCUGGAUCAUUUGGGCCUGCCCUGGUUGGGCAGGCCCCUCGGUCUAUUAACUCUGAACAUCAAUCUAAGAACUCAGUCUUCUCAAAUGCUCUUUCAAGUCCUGUUCGCCGGAGCCUUCAACACUAUCAUUUGGCCCAGGGAAGUUAUCAUCCAAAUAGCAUCAUACCACCUGGAAAUGGAACUCGUAAUGCCGAAGCCAGCUUUGCUCAUCAUCAUAACAGGGAUUCAAAUUCUCCUUUCUCCAAUGAUUCCUCCAUGGACAUGCAUGCAGAUAGUCCUGGUCAAGAAUCCUCUUACUAAUUAUUUGCAUUACAGGCUGACUUUAUUCUGUGGGUCAAAGUCUUAAAACAGAGCUGCCAUUCAGUCCCUGUUUGUUGCUGCAACUCCAUGUGGAAGAAGAAUGAUGUGAGAAGAUUGUUACCUGUGGAAAAUAAGCUUGUGAUGCUCGUGUUUUGGUUUGGGGUUUGCAGAGCAGAAAAGUAGGUAAUUAGUUGUGCGAUCUCAUGCGGGAGAACACAAUGUGAUGGGUGGCUGGGUGCCAAAACCGUCGACUGAUUUGUUGGGACUGGAGACCCUCUCCAAUCUUCUGAUUUGGUGUUCCAUACAUAAAAAAAUAUAAAGUGCUAAUGUUGAAUUAAUUCUGAACAUUUGAUUGUAGGCCCUCUUCACAGUGUUUAGUAAUUUCUCUGAUGUGGCUUUUAUUGUAGGAUGUCUUGUACCUAUUUUGUCUUCAAUUUAUUAUUGUCAUGAUUCAAAUGGCAUUGUUGAUAUUGUACAUCUGCUGUGUUUGCUUGCGCUCAUUAUCUGGCUGGCUUUCUCUACUUUGCAUUUCCA